AUGGCCGACGAAUCGACAGGAAUGUUCCAGAAGUUCCGGAAUAUGUUGAAGAGAAGCACCAUCUACGCCGAUGAACCGAAGAAAGAUGCGACGGGAGAUGCUACGAAGAAGGACGAAGCCGGUGGUAAGGACUGCAAACCGUGCAAGAUAUGCACCGAGCAGAGAAAGGCCAAAGAAAAAUGCGUAAAAGAGAAAGGUGAAGAUAAGUGCAAAGAUCUGAUCAAGGCCUUCGACGAGUGUAUGAAGAAAAAUAGCGAGAAAAAUGGGAAGAACGGAUCAAAGAACGGAUCAAAGAAUGGGAAGCAUUAA